CAUUGACACCGCGCCAUGUGAUCAAUCGGCCACACACUGUGGGCAACAACCAGUCCCUCGGGCGACGGCAGGCGAUGCCUUGUUCGUCCACACCGCCAGCACAACUCGUGCAGCAGCCCAGUGAAAAUGACGCGGCUCUUCGGGCAUUCCGCGUCCUGCUUUCGGCUGAUCCGUCAAAAUGCCUUCGGUCUGCCUUCUUGACGUGGGACACAGAUCGAGAUGGCGUCGUGUCGGAGCAAGAGUGUCGCGAUAUGUUUACGAGCAUGGGGUGGGCAACGUCGUUGGGGCCGACUGCGACGGACCAAGUGCUCCAGUGCGUGUUGGACCCAACCACGAGAGCUGUAGCCUUGACCGACUUUUGCCGGUUGAGCUGUGAAACGGAGCCAGCACCGAUGCAAGUGACCGAAGGCAACCUCCAAGCAAGUUCGACGCUGCCAAGAUCCACAAUCAAAAGCGUCAUUUCGACCUUGCGCAGCAGAUACGACAAGGAGUCGCUCGGAAAGAUCUUUCGUGCGUGGGACGACGCUAAAGCUGGCCACUUGACGCCUGCCAUGCUCGAGCGCAACUUGCGCAAGCUACACAUGUCUGUCCAUCCUCAAGUGAUCCAGGACCUCGUUCACACUUAUGACGUCGACAAGGACGGCGCGAUGGACUUUGCCGAAUUCAACGCAUUCGUGACUGGUCCGCAGGUGGACGACCACGACCGCUCAGUCGUCGUCGAACGCAAUCGGACGCUCAAAUCCCAUGUGAAAAUCUCGACAACACAGCCAUCCCAUCCAACGAUCGCAGUCCGAAAAGCCGCCGAGGUACGUGAAGCGAUGGAAGAAGGGGCUGUCCAAGUGGCCGAGCGGGUUUUCCAAAAACUCAAGCCGUACAAGACACGCAUUGCGGAUGUGUUCAAGGAAAUGGACGAAGACGAGAGCGGCGUGCUGUCGUAUGCCGAGUUUCGCCAAGGGCUCAAACACAAAGGCAUCCACUUGACCGACCAAGAGUUCCACCAUCUCAUGACGGACGUCGACAGAGACAAGAACGGUCUCGUGUCGUUUCAGGAACUGGCAGCGCACUUGAACUCGUGCGAAAAGAUGGUGCAGAACCACCUUUGUCGCAUGCCCCUGCUGACGAGCUGGGCAGAAGACGAAUCAGUGCCGAAACGAAAAACUUCCUUCAACUUUGAUCAACUGCGACGAAAAGUGCGUGCACCGACCCGACGAGGCCGCACACCGGCCUUCGACACUCGAUUCUUGAUCAUCGGACCAUCGUGCAAGCUAAACGCGUGCCAAGCUGAUGCGAGCGAAAGAUUUCACGUCGAAUCGAACCAAUUUGGGCCGUCGCCAACGACGUCCAGCAUCGGCGGUAGCGAUAAGGCUGCUCGGGCUAUGGUGCAUGCAAUGCGGCAACGUCGAAUUGCCGAGUUGCGGCACAGCCAAGAUGUGUACACGGCAACGGAGCGACUCAAGUGUCAGCAGCUCGAAGACAACAAGUCGACGUACAGCCCGCCCGAACGCACACGGUAUUUUUUGAAGUUACAACAGCGCGCAGACCGAGAUGCGACCGCGUGGGACUUGCCAGUUUCCAAAUAGCAUACAACUCAGUCCUUAAUGCGCACAAACGUCGAGUCUUCUUCCAGGAUGAC